ACAUCCAACGGCCACAGCACAGCGCCGCCAUUCCGUCAAGCGGCAAAACCCGCAGCUUCCCCUGCCGCUUCCGUGGACGACACUCGCUGUCGCCGUCGCCGGCGCCGGAGCCGGAGCCGGAGCCUGCGACUCCAACACCACCCACCGCUCGGGCCGUUAUAUAGAACUCCUGUUGCCCACUCUCUCCAUUUCACCGCUCCCCGAUCCGUAGGUUUCCACCCCCAUCGCUGUAAUUACCUCUCCACCACCCAGAAAUAAUUUGUGUAGAAAUCCGUGUUGUUCAAUCCCGCGCGGAUCCCCAAUUUUCCCCUGAUUUUUCCGCCUUUUUUUUUAUCGCGCUGAGGUUAGGAUUAGUGCUCCCCGCAGUUUUAGGUUUGCAGUGGUGGCGGUGAGGCCGAGCAGCUAGCUAGGGUUAGGGUUGUUUCCGGGGGAGGGCGAGAGGGAUGGAUAAGAAGAAGGUGGCGGUGCCGGUGGUGUGCCACGGGCACUCGCGGCCGGUGGUGGACCUCUUCUACAGCCCCGUCACGCCAGACGGCUACUUCCUCAUUAGCGCCAGCAAGGACUCAAAUCCAAUGCUUCGCAAUGGUGAGACUGGAGAUUGGAUUGGGACAUUUGAAGGUCACAAAGGUGCCGUUUGGAGCGCUUGUCUUGACACCAAUGCUCUGCGUGCCGCCUCUGGUUCUGCUGACUUUUCAGCUAAAGUAUGGGAUGCACUAACAGGCGAGGAGCUGCACUCCUUCGAACACAAGCACAUUGUCCGUGCAUGUGCUUUUUCUGAGGAUACCCACAUGUUGCUUACUGGAGGUUUUGAGAAGAUUUUGCGUAUCUAUGAUCUGAACCACCCAGAUGCUCCUCCAAGAGAAAUCGACAAAUCGCCUGGUUCUGUAAGAACUGUCACUUGGCUUCAUAGUGACCAAACUAUACUGAGUUGCUGCACGGAUAUGGGUGGUGUGAGGUUAUGGGAUGUAAGGAGUGGAAAAAUUGUCCAAAUACUUGAAACCAAGGCACCUGUUACCAGUGCAGAAGUAAGCCAAGAUGGCCGGUAUAUCACCACAACAGACGGCCCAAGUGUGAAGUUUUGGGAUGCAAAUCACUUUGGGCUUGUUAAGAGCUAUAAUAUGCCAUGUGCUGUGGAGUCAGCUUCUCUUGAACCAAAGUAUGGGAACAAAUUCGUCACUGGUGGAGAAGACAUGUGGGUUCAUGUCUUUGAUUUUUUCACUGGUGAAGAAAUAGCAUGUAACAAGGGGCACCAUGGCCCUGUCCAUUGCGUCCGGUUUUCCCCUGUGGGUGAAUCUUAUGCAUCAGGAUCAGAAGAUGGCACCAUUCGUAUCUGGCAGUUGGGCCCAGCUAACAACGACGAGCAGGCGGCACCAAAUGCAAAUGGGAAGAUGAAGGUUGGUGUAAAUGAUGUCCCGCGCAAGAUCGAGGGCUUCCACAUUCCUAAAGACGAGCAGCCUGAGGGUUAGGGAUGCAUCAUUUUCGUGCCUGAUGGACCUGGUGGUGCCUGGCUGCUUGCAGGGAGACUGUUGAUUGUUCAAAAGCUCCUCUCUUCCUUCUCUUUCUCCCGAUGUCUGUUGUCGUUAGUGUAAGUGCUUACCUUUUAUGGGUGGGUUUGGUGUAACAGCACUGGAGGCGAAAUGGUGGGACAUCGUAUGGGGGUCUCCUAAUUACAGUUCGCUAGACAGGACAAUUUCUUAUAACAAAAAAAAGAUAAAUAUAAGAAAGUCAGAAAUUACAA